AUGUCGACGCGUGCUGUCUGGCGUGGCGGUAAAUCCGUCCACGGUUCAGUGAAAGUGAAGCCGCUGUCAGAAGUUCAGUGUGCUGUUUGCUGCUGCAGUGAUGCAAGAGCAUAAACAACAGAGAGCAGCUGAUCGUGUGGAUCAAUGCAGUGAUGCCGAGAUCUCUGUCAGCACAGUCUGCCAUAUUUAAUUUCCAGAGUCUGUUGACGGUCAUCUUACUGCUCAUCUGCACCUGCACGUAUAUACGAGCUCUCGCUCCCAACCUGCUGGAUAAGAACAAAACAGGAUUCCUUGGAAUCUUCUGGAAAUGUGCAAGAAUAGGUGAGCGCAAAAGCCCUUACGUGGCAUGUUGCUGCAUCAUCAUGGCCUUCACGAUUUUAUUUUCUGAGUAGCAGCAGAAGAAUGAUUAGAUUUGGAGCAGCUACAAGAUUCUACAGCAGGGAACAAGAUGUGUAAUUGGGCGACAUUCAGACUCUCUCGAGCAGAACUGGCUUCUGGUGAUGCAUGUGGAGUGCUCUCCAAAUACAGCUUGAGCAUUUCUCAGCCUUCCAGACCUAUUUUUGUAAAUACAAUCAAUUGUUGGUCUCCAUGGUAUUGCUCCAGUUGUCAUUGACCCAUGCACCCAAAGCUGAUCAGAUGUAACAUGUUUGUUGUUGGAUCCAAAAUGCUUGUCAAUGACAGUUUUAAUAUGGGACACUGAGGAUAAAUAUGAUGCACAUGGAUGUGCUUGAUAUCAUGCUUGUUAAAUUGUUUAAUUGAAUCUGUUGACUUUACAUGGAGACGUGAAGUUUGCAUUAAAACAUGAAUUUAUUACAGAAA